ACCUCUAGUGGUUGUUGCUUUUGCUUUCGCUUUGUUGUUGCUGGGCUGGGCAAACAAGUGUUAAUAACUAUUUGUGGUGCAAUAUCUUUAGCAAUUACCGCUCGGCGAUCGUCUUGGCCGCUCGAGUGUCCACGCCAAAUAAACGAGAUUAGGGCAGCGCAAGCCGCGGGAGCACACCGUAUCGGCUUACACAACAAUCAGCCAGCUUAAUUGGUAAAAGAAAUGAGCCAGCCGGAGGCCAGCAAGUCGUCCAAGAUCCCGGACGCGGAGCCGGACGAGGCGCGGGGCAGUGCCAAGCAGCAGCUGGAGACGUACCGCGUGUACGUGGUCACCUGGAACGUGGGCAGCCGUUUCCCGGAGAACAUAUCGCUGCGCCAGCUGCUGGGCCUGCAGGAUGUGACGGCGUCGAAGGACUCGCAGGCCCACCUGCCGGACAUCUAUGCCCUGGGCCUGCAGGAGGUCAAUGCCCAGCCGCAGCAACAGGUGCUGGGCCUGUUCAAGGAGGAUCCGUGGACGCACAAGGCCAAGGAGCUGCUGCGCGGCUACGACUAUGUGGCCGUCAAGACGGAGCAGAUGCAGGGACUGCUGCUCAGCAUGUUUGUGCGCCGACAGCAUGUGGAGCACCUGAAGGACAUCGAGGCGGAGUUCACGCGGACGGGCUUCGGUGGCAUUUGGGGCAACAAGGGCGCCGUCAGCGUCCGGUUCACCCUGUACGGCUGCGGCCUGGCCUUUGUGGUGGCCCACCUCGCGGCCCAUGACCAUCAGCUGGACGAGCGCAUCGAGGACUACAAGCAGAUCCUGGAGAACCAUCAUUACCAUGUCAAGCGGUACAGGGAGAUCUACGAUCACGACUAUGUCUUCUGGUUUGGCGAUCUCAAUUUCAGGCUGCAGGGCGGCGACUCCUCGACGGAGGUGCGGGAGCUGCUGCGCGAUGAGUCGCAGCACGAGGCUCUCAUCCAGCGCGAUCAGCUGUACCAGGUGCGCGAGAAAUCGCAGCAGGCCUUCCAGGUGCUGCACGAGCGACUGCCUGCGUUUCCGCCCACCUUCAAGUUCCGCGAGGGCACCUCCGAGUACGACCUGAAGCGGCGGCCAGCCUGGACGGAUCGGAUCAUGUACGCCGUGCAGCCACUGAACAGGCAGCCCGCCAUGCAGCUGUCCAUCGAGCAGUGCUCGUACAAAUCCCACCCCGUGUACACCAUCAGCGACCACAAACCGGUGACCAGUGACUUCGCCCUGAAACUCUAUCCCAAUGUGCGGGCGCCGGGCGUGGUUUUCUCCCCGCUGACCGUCUGGAAGAUCGGCGACGAGAACACCGUGGAGUACCGCAAGCAGGCGGAGUUCGAUGAGGGUCCCAACGACUGGAUUGGCAUCUACCCGGCCGACUACGCCAGUCUGGCGGACUACGUCGCCUACGAGUAUGUCAACCAGGCCGAGUCACCCACAUCCUCGGACUCCAACCACGAGGCGGAUCCCUUUGACACGCCCUCGCACCAUCGCCGCGGUCGGCAUCAUCACAAGAACCGCCAGCGGUUGCGGCGCCAGCAGGAGGCCAAUGCGCAGGAGCAGGUGCGUCUCGAUUUCGCCGACGACGUGGAGCUGCGCCAUGGCGAGCAGUAUCUGCUGAUCUACUUCCGCAGCACGGGAGUGCGGGGCGUCACCAGCUUGGCGGGCGUCAGUGGCGUCUUCGUGGCGGAGAAGCGACACGGAUCGCCGCAUCGGACGGAGUACCAUGUCGACUAGCUGGCCGAGGCCCUGGACAUCUUUAUUCUUUAGUCUUCGCUGUGCAGAUCUAAUCUUACUGACCCCCUGUGACCGUGUUAAGUUUGCUUGUUUUGUUGGCUGUUGACUCAGCGCCCCGCCCCCAAUACGUUUAUACUUGUAAUUAUACAAUUAUCCAACCAGU